GGAAGGCGGUGACCCGCGCCUAUAGGCUCCGCGGGACACCCCGCUGGGACCGGGCCCACUCCGAGCGGUGCUGACCCUCCGUCUGUCUGCGCUCCAGCCGCGUCCCACCGCGUCCCGCCGCCUGCACCUGCCGCCCAGCGCUCAGCAGCCCGGCCACAGCAUGACGGACCAGGCGGCCUUCGACACCAAUAUCAUCACCCUGACCCGCUUCGUCAUGGAGGAGGGCAGGAAGGCCCGCGGCACGGGCGAGAUGACCCAACUGCUCAACUCGCUCUGCACCGCGGUCAAAGCCAUCUCCACCGCUGUGCGCAAGGCGGGCAUCGCGCACCUCUAUGGAAUUGCUGGCUCUACCAACGUGACGGGUGAUCAGGUGAAGAAGCUGGAUGUCCUCUCCAAUGACCUGGUUAUUAAUGUGUUAAAGUCAUCUUUUGCUACCUGUGUUCUUGUGUCGGAAGAAGAUAAACACGCCAUAAUAGUAGAACCUGAGAAAAGGGGUAAAUAUGUGGUCUGUUUUGAUCCUCUUGACGGAUCUUCCAACAUCGACUGCCUUGUAUCCAUUGGAACCAUCUUUGGCAUCUACAGAAAGAUUUCAACUGAUGACCCUUCUGAGAAGGAUGCACUGCAGCCCGGCCGGAACCUGGUGGCUGCUGGCUAUGCACUCUACGGCAGUGCCACCAUGUUGGUCCUGGCCACGGCGAAUGGAGUCAACGGCUUCAUGCUGGACCCGGUGAGAGACCCCAGGGGAAGCUGGGUGCUUCGCUGGUGGCUGCCUGAAGGAGAUGUCACGGCUCCACCUUUCCUUCCUGUUUCACAGGCCAUUGGAGAGUUCAUCUUGGUGGACAGGGAUGUGAAGAUCAAAAAGAAAGGGAACAUCUACAGCCUCAAUGAGGGCUACACCAAGGACUUCGACCCUGCUGUCGCGGAGUAUGUCCAGAGGAAGAAGUUCCCCCCAGACAACUCAGCCCCCUACGGUGCCAGGUACGUGGGCUCCAUGGUGGCAGAUGUUCACCGCACCCUGGUCUACGGAGGGAUCUUUUUGUACCCAGCUAACAAGAAAAGUCCCAACGGAAAGUUGAGACUAUUGUAUGAAUGUAACCCCAUGGCCUAUGUCAUGGAGAAGGCAGGAGGAUUGGCUACCACUGGGAAGGAAGCUGUAUUGGACAUUGUUCCCACUGACAUCCACCAGAGGGCGCCAAUCAUCUUGGGGUCUCCUGAAGACGUGACUGAGUUCCUGGAGCUAUAUAAGAAGCACGCUGCCAAAUGAAGAGCUGGCCUUGCCCACACCAAACAGAAUUGCCUUUUAUCUGGACCUUUGAUCUCACAGGGUGCUACCCGAUUCUGACUGUGCAUCAGAUAUUCCUAGACAUAGAAAUAAAAAGCAUGGAUAUUUUCACCAUCAAA